CUGAAGUGAAGUGAGCGUCUCUAAACUUUGCCCGGCGUCCUCCCGUCCUCCCGUCCUCUCCUGUCGCUUCGCUCCUCUCCAGCUUUCCUCCGGUUCGGCGGAGAGCGGGUCAGACGGAACCGGCCCGGGUCCCGGUGUCCCGGGCUCCUGGAGGAGAACCGGCCGGGUUUUACUGAGAUUCUCCUGCAGGAGUAACUCAUGCAACAAAAGAGAGAAGAGCCAGCCGGAGAGGAUGCACUGAAACCCCGGGUCCGCAGCGCCUCUCCUCCUCUUCUUAUUUUUAUGUAUUGUUUUGUUUUGUUGUUUUCUGCUGGGAAUCCCACGAACAACACAUGAGUCGGAGUGACUGGACAGUGAAUCCCCGGGGAUUAAAGUAACGAGGCGAUGGAUAACUUCUUCACAGAGGGUGACCGGGUGUGGCUCCGGGAGGACGAGCAGUGUCUCCCCAGCACCGUGUCCUCCUGCUCCGGCGGGGUCGUCGUCUUUGCCACUGACUAUGGGCAGGUCUACACCUACAAGCAGAACGCUCUCACCAGGCAGAAGGUGCAGCCCAUGCACCAGAGCAGCGUCGCCGGCGUGGAGGACAUGGCCGCCCUGGAGGACCUUCACGACGGCGCCAUCAUGCACAACCUCUUCCUGCGAUACCAGCAGAGAAACAUCUAUACUUACAUCGGCUCCAUCCUGGCGGCGGUGAACCCCUACCAGCCGCUGGCCGGCCUGUACGACCGGCCGGCGGUGGAGCUCUACAGCCGGCACCACCUCGGGGAAAUCUCGCCACACAUCUUCGCCGUGGCCAACGAGUGCUACCGCUCCCUGUGGAAGAGGCUGCAGAACCAGUGUGUCCUCAUCAGCGGGGAGAGUGGAGCUGGCAAAACGGAAAGCACCAAGCUGAUCCUGAGGUUCCUGUCAGCCAUGAGCCAGCACUCGCUGGAGAUCUCGUCCAGGGACAAGACGUCGCACGUGGAGGAGGCGCUGCUGGAGAGCAGCCCCAUCAUGGAGGCCUUUGGAAACGCCAAGACUGUCUACAACAACAACUCCAGCCGCUUCGGGAAGUUUGUCCAGCUGCAUUUCAGCCAGAAGGGGAACAUCGAGGGAGGCCGGAUCGUUGACUACCUCUUAGAAAAGAACCGAGUGGUCCGACAGAACCCCGGAGAGAGAAACUACCACAUCUUCUACGCCAUCCUAGCAGGAAGCAACAACCAGCAGAAAGAGGCGUUUGGGUUAACUCAUCCUGACAGCUAUCACUACCUGAGGCAGUCCAGCUGCAGCGCCGACAAGACAAUCAACGACAACGCCACUUUUCACGAUGUUCUGAACGCCAUGCGAACAAUGCAGUUCACGGAGGAGAACAUCGGCGAGAUCCUGCGCCUCCUGGCCGGCAUUCUCCACACAGGAAACAUCGAGUUCAUGACGGCCGGGGGGGCGCAGGUCUCCUCCAAAUCAGCUCUCACCCGCACCGCUGAGCUCCUGGGGCUGAACUCCGAUCAGCUGGCCGAGGUUCUGACCCACCGCUCCAUGAUCCUCCGGGGCGAGGAGAUCUCCACCCCGCUCACCGUGGAACAGGCGGUGGACUCCAGAGACUCCAUGGCCAUGGCACUUUAUUCUCAGUGUUUCAACUGGAUCAUCCGCAAGCUCAACAACCGCAUCAGGGGCAAGGAGGACUUCAAAUCCAUCAGCAUCUUAGACAUCUUCGGCUUCGAGAACUUCGAGGUCAACCGCUUCGAGCAGUUCAACAUCAACUAUGCAAACGAGAAGCUUCAGGAAUAUUUUAACAAGCACAUCUUCUCCCUGGAGCAGCUUGAAUACAACAAAGAAGGCCUGGUUUGGGUCGAUAUCGACUGGAUGGACAAUGGAGAGUGUCUGGAUCUGAUAGAGAAGAAACUGGGUCUCCUGGCACUGAUGAACGAGGAGAGCCACUUCCCCAAAGCCACCGACGGCACCCUGCUGGAGAAGCUGCACAGCCAGCACUCGAAAAACCCUUUCUAUGUGAAGCCGCGUGUUGCUGUGCACUACUUCGGCGUCAGGCACUAUGCAGGAGAGGUAGUGUACGACGUUCGGGGGAUGCUGGAGAAGAACAGAGACACUUUCAGAGACGACAUCCUCAACAUGCUGAGGGAGAGCAGGCUGGACUUCGUCUAUGAUCUGUUCGAACACGUGUUGAGCCGCAACAAGCAGGACACGCUGAAGAGCACGUCCAAGCACCGACGGCCCACCGUCAGCUCGCAGUUCAAGGGCUCUCUGCACUCCCUGAUGGCGACUCUCAGCACCUCCAACCCGUUCUUCAUCCGCUGCAUCAAGCCAAACACACACAAGAUGCCUGACCACUUUGACCAGACGGUGGUUCUGAACCAGCUCAGGUACUCUGGCAUGUUGGAGACGGUGAAAAUUCGACGCACAGGCUUCCCGGUUCGAAGACCUUUCCAGGAGUUCUGCGUCAGAUACAAGGUGCUGAUGCGCGGCGUCCUGGUGCCAGGUGACCCCCGGAGCAGCUGCCUCCAGCUGCUGCAGAUGUUUGACAGCAGCAGUGCAGAGUGGCAGAUGGGGAAGACCAAGGUCUUCCUGCGGGAGUCUCUGGAGCUCCGCCUGGAGAGGCAGAGGGAGGUGGAGGUGCUGAAGGCGGCCAUGAUCAUCCAGGCUCACGUCAUGGGCUACGUGGCCAGGAAGCAGUACAGGAAGAUGCUGCAGUGCAUCGUGGUCAUCCAGAAGAACUAUCGGGCCGUUUACUGGCGGAGGAGGUUCCUGCUCACCCGCUGGGCAGCGCUCACCUUCCAGAAGCGCCUCCGAGGCCAGCUGGCCCGUCGCGCCUACAGCCGGCUGCUGGAGGAGCGGCGGCGGCGGAGGGAGGAGGAGGAGGAGGAGGAGAGGGAGAGACGGAUUCUGGAAGCUGAGAGACUCACCAGAGAGGCUGAAGAAGCCGAGCGGCUGGAGGAGGAGCGCCGUGCCGAGCAGCUGGUCUCUCUGGUUCUGUCCGAGUGUCGACCGGCAGAGGAAGCAGCAGGACCGCCGGGCGCCACGGAGGAGCAGGACUCCAGAGACACCCCGGAGGAGGAGGAGGAGGAGGAGGAGGAGGAGGAGGAGGCCAUCCGUCCGCAGGAGGCCUCCCAGGUGGAGGAGAUCCUGCGGCUGGAGCGGGAGAUCCAGGCCCUGCAGCGGCAGAAGGAGCGGCAGGAGCUGUCGCUGACCGAGGCGUCGCUGAACCGCCUGCAGCUGCUCCGGGACCAGGAGCUGCGGCGGCUGGAGGACGAGGCCUGCAGGGCGGCGCAGCAGUUCCUCGACUCGCUCAACUUCGACGAGAUCGACGAGUGCGUGAGGAACAUCGAGAGCUCUCUGGGAGUGGGCGAAGACGACGAGGACAAGGAGGGCGGCCGGAGGAGGGGCGGCGACGAGGAGGAGGUGGACGAGGGCUUCGGCGCCGACGACGAGGCUUUCAAAGACUCUCCCAACCCGAGCGAGCACGGCCACUCGGACGGCCAGCGCACCAGCGGCAUCCGCACCAGCGACGACUCGUCCGAGGAAGACCCGUACGCCAACGACGGCGUGGUCCCGCCGCUGCCGCCCGCCGCCCUGCUCCACCAGGCGCUGCCGCUGCCGCCGGUGCCGGCCGCCUGCCGCAGCGCCGCGUCCAGCGCCGACUCGGCCUACUGCCGCCCCCAGGCCGCCUCCGACGACCUGGUGGAGCUGAUCCCGCCCGACGAGGACUCGGACUACGACCAGGACGACUACGACGAGGGCGCCAUCGUGUCCAGCGGCAGCACGGCCUUCUCCAACCCCCGCAGCGGACAGUGGUCCCCCGAUUACCGGGGCUCCCUGGGCACCUACAACAGCUCGGGGGCGUACCGCUUCAGCUCGGAGGGGGCGCAGUCCUCGUUUGAAGACAGCGAAGACGACUUUGACCGGUUGGACACAGACGACGAGCUGUCCUACCGCCGGGACUCGGUCUACAGCUGCGUCACGCUGCCCUACUUCCACAGCUUCCUCUACAUCAAAGGCGGCCUGAUGAACACGUGGAAGCGGCGCUGGUGCGUGCUGAAAGACGAGACCUUCCUGUGGUUCCGGGCCAAGCAGGAGGCUCUGAAGCAGGGCUGGCUGCACAAGAAGGGCGGCGGCUCGUCCACGCUGUCCCGCCGCAACUGGAAGCGCCGCUGGUUCGUGCUGCGGCAGAGCAAGCUCAUGUACUUCGAGAACGACAGCGAGGAGAAGAUGAAGGGAGUGCUGGACAUGCACAGCGCCAAAGAAAUAAUCGAUAAUACCAACAAGGAGAAUGGAAUUGACAUCGUGAUGCCAGAGAGGACGUACCAUCUGAUCGCCGAGUCUGCUGAGGAUGCAAGUCAUUGGUUCAGCGUCCUCAGUCAAGUCCACAGCUCCACCGAGCAGGAGAUCAGAGAGAUGCACGACGAGCAGGCCAACCCUCAGAACGCCGUGGGAACGUUGGAUGUGGGGAUGAUCGAUUCGGUUUGUGCGUCGGAUAAUCCAGAGAGGCCCAACUCCUUUGUCAUGAUCACUGCAAACCGUGUGCUGCACUGCAACGCCGACACGCCCGAGGAGAUGCACCACUGGAUCACGCUGCUGCAGCGCUCCAAGGGAGACACCCGCGUCGACGGGCAGGAGUUCAUCAUCCGAGGCUGGUUGCACAAAGAGAUGAAGAACAGCACCAAGGCCUCUCUGAAGCUGAAGAAGCGCUGGUUCCUGCUCACCCACAACUCUCUGGACUACUACAAGAGCUCGGAGCGCAACGCCCUGAAGCUGGGAACGCUGGUGCUCAACAGCCUCUGCUCAGUGGUCCAGCCGGAUGACAAGGUCUUCAAAGAGACGGGAUACUGGAGCGUGAUCGUGUACGGCCGGAAGCACUCCUAUCGCCUGUACUGCAAGCUGCUGAACGAAGCCACGCGUUGGGCCAACUCCAUCCAGAACGUCAUCGACACCAAGGCGCCCAUCGACACGCCGACCCAGCAGCUCAUCCAGGACAUCAAGGAGAACUGCCUCAACUCGGAGGUGGUGGAGCAGAUCUACAAGAGGAACCCCAUCCUCCGGUACAGCCACCACCCGCUGCACUCCCCGCUGCUGCCGCUGCCCUACGGAGACAUCCACCUCACCUCUCCCAGGAGCAGGCUCUACACCACGCUGCAGGACGAAGCCCUGAAGGUGUUCGGCUCCCUGCAGCAGCUGGAGGGCGUGGCCGACCCGGUGCCCGUCAUCCAGGGCAUCCUCCAGACGGGGCAGGAGCUCAAACCGCUGCGCGACGAGCUGUACUGCCAGCUGAUCAAGCAGACGGCGCGGCCGCCGCAGCCCGGCAGCCCCGCGAACCUGUGCAGCUGGAAGAUCCUGUCCUGCAUGUCCUGCACCUUCGUCCCCACCAGGAGCGUCCUCAGAUACCUCAAGUUCCACCUGAAGAGGACCCGAGAGCUGUUCCCCCGGGUCGGAGAUGGACCGGUACUGCCCGCCUUCACCCUCGACGCCCUGAGGAAGACCCGGACCCGGGAGAACGUGCCGUCGCAGGAGGAGAUCCGCUCCAUCGUGGCUCGGCAGGAGAUGAGCACCACCGUUCACUGCCACGGCGGCGGCUCCUGCAAGAUCACCAUCAACUCCCACACCACGGCUGGGGAGGUGGUGGAGAAGCUGAUCCGCGGUCUGGCCAUGGAGGACAGCAGGAACAUGUUCGCUCUGUUCGAGCACAACGACUCCACGGAGAAGGCCAUCGAGAGCCGCAUGGUGGUGGCCGACGUGCUGGCCAAGUUCGAGAGGCUUUCGGCGAGCCCGGACGAGUGCAGCACCGGCUGGAAGUUCUACUUCAAGCUGUACUGCUUCUUGGACACGGAGAACGUUCCCAAAGACAGCGUGGAGUUCGCCUUCAUGUUCGAGCAGGCCCACGAAGCCGUCAUCCGAGGUCAGUACCCCGCCCCGGAGGAGACCCUGCAGUUCCUGGCCGCCCUCAGACUGCAGUACCUCCUGGGGGACCACGCCCCCCAGGCCGCCGUCCCCGAGAUGUCCCAGGUCUUCCCCGUGGCGCGGCUGCGGGCGCGCGUGCAGAACUCCGCCAAGACCUUCAACCCGGGCGGCGCGGCGGCGGCGGCCGAGCGCGGCGGCACGGCCGAGAGGAAGCGCUCCAGCUUCCUGGAGGGAACGCUGAGGCGCAGCUUCAGGAGCGGCUCGCUGAGCCGGCAGAAGCUGGAGGAGGAGAACAGCCUGGAGGCCUGGCUGCGGGAGGAGACGGCCGCCGUCAGGACCAGCGUGACGGACAAGUGGAGGAAGCUGCAGGGCAUGAGCCAGGAGCAGGCCAUGGUCAAGUACAUGGCGCUGGUGAAGGAGUGGAAGGGCUACGGCUCCACGCUGUUCAACGUGGAGUGCCGGACGAGCCUUCCCCGCCGAGCUGUGCUGGGCGUGAGCCGCCAGGCCGUCUCGCUGUACAAGCGCGGCGAGCCGUUGCCUCUGGAGGGUUUCCCGUACGAGCAGAUCCUCUCCUGAGCGCCGCUGCCCAACGCCUACAAGAUCGCCGUGGGCCGAGAGCUGCUGUUCGAAAACCCAAUGGUCAUGGACAUCGCCAAGCUGAUGAAGGCGUACAUCAGCAUGAUCGUCAAGAAGCGCUACAGCAACUGCCAGUCUGUCAGCAGCCACGGCAGCCAGUGCAGCGCCUGGUGAGCGCCGCCGCUGAUUUCCCAGGGUGCAAUGGGAGUGCGGGGCGUGGACGCCUGCCGCCCGCUCUCUGGAGACGGCGGCUCGUGCAGACCGAUGUCACGCCGACUUUAAAUGCUGGAGACAAACCGUAAAGCUCUUAAUGUAAAGCAGCCGGAGGUGUUUGGAUGAGUUUGGCUGCAGAGCGGGACACGCCCACUCCGGACGGAUUCUGAGACUGGACCGUUCUGACUGAACCCGGAUCGGUCCUGAGGAGGCGGAGAGACGCUGAGGGCCAGAGGAGAAUCUCAGAGCCAGUUAACUCAAUCAGAAUGAGGCGGCUUGCCCUGGAUUCCAGCAGCAGCUGUUUUCCUUCAUGUUGACUUUAAAUAUUGCAAUCAUUCCUACUCGGCCUGCUCUUAUCCCAUAAAUAAAAAGUCUUCAUAUGUUUAGUUCAAAUGAAUAGUAUGGAAAAAUAAUUAGUAAUAAAUAUAUAAAAAUAAGUCUUUCAGCCUAAGAUUUAAAUAAAGCUGCACUGAAGUUGGCUUGACUGUUUAAGUUGUUAAAAGGAUAAUUAAAAAACAAUCCUUACUAUUGUCCCUAAUUUUCUCGAGACCAAAGAAUCCUGACUGGAGGACAGGUUUGUCCUGAGUUGUCGUUCAGUCAGAGUCCAGGAUUCAGAGGUGGAGGUGUCCCGUUCUGAGGAAACUAUCAAUUUACUCCCGAUGCUAACACACUGUGGCACAACAAGGACUGUAGCUGUUGUUGUUGUGGAUUUGUUAGUGUGACCGUGUGUGUGUGUGAGAGAAGAAAAUAGUUUCUACAGGCUGAAUGUAAAGUGUUUUUUGUUUUUGUUUUUCUGUUGUUUUUUUUAAAGCAGAGAAGAUGUUUGAAAGGACAAUAACUGAAGCCUCCAAGCCUUUUUCCUCUGCUCUGACCAACUCUGGGAUUUGACCUUCUCCAGGAUGAUGUGUUCACUGUAAAUAAUAUAUACUGCAACACGUCUUAAGCAUUUCAGAUUUGUGAUUAUUUUGAUUUGCUGAGGACACAAAGGUCACAAGUGCCUGUUGGAGCUGAAGCAGAUGAGCUGGAGUCAGGUUCAGUCCCAUCGGUGCCGCUCCUCUCCGUGCAGCCAGGAUUUAAACGGUGCUCCCAGCUUCCCUCUUACCUGCCGGUCGAUUCGGAUUCUGACCAGAUCGGGGCAGCCGUACAAGUCAUUCAAGAUAUUAAACGGAACGAUAACGGUGUGAAAUAUACUGAAGCUGGAUCGCUGACUAUCUGCUAGAACAGGCUUUAGACAUUUUUUUUUUUUUUUUGCAAUAUUUUACACAUUACAUUAAAAAAAUGUUCUAUUUCUGGUUGUGUAAACCUGUUAAUAUUACCUGGUAAUAAUGAAUGAAAAUGUUAAGUUCUUUCUUCUGUUAACCAAAAAAAUAUAUAGAAUAUUUCAUUAAAUAUUCUCUAAUAAGAAACAAUGUUUUGAAACAAAUUGCAUCCUGAUAAGACCUGUGUUUAGUGAACGUGCUAUCGACCAGGUAAGGUCCUGUUGAACACGGGUUAUUUUUCUUUAAAUUCAGCUGUAUUAUUAUUACAAACUAGAUUUGUAAGCAGGUAUAGAGAGGCCCUUCAGUGCCUGACGCCCCCUGCUGGUGGAAAGUGUGAACUACAACAUGAUGUCAACAGUUGAACAUGUUUGGCUUUUUCUUUCUAAGGAGGGUAAAUGAUUUGCAGCUGAAGCUGCAACAUAACGCCCACUGAAAUAAACGGAUCCGCAGCGGUGUGUAGAGGAAGGAUCCGCAGCGGAUCGGGUGAAUCUGGUUUUAUCUUGACUGACUUGUUCAGCUGGGCCCAACAUUUCCACAUCAUUUCACUGGAGCUCCGCGGGCGGCAGAUCCAUCCAAAGAUGCGUGUGCAGGACUAUUCCACAGUGCCUUCUUGUAUAUUAUGUACACUUAUUUUGUUUUCCAUGCGUGGUUUGUUUGUUUUUGUUUUGUUUUUUUGGUGGUAUAAUGUGCAAUGUUAUAUGUAUAUUAUAUAAUCAUGUGGCUGUACAUUUUAUAUUGUAAGGGUUUUUUUUUUUGCCUAUUGUCCUGUAUAAUAGUCUUUUUUUUCUCCUAAGGUGUUUAAUCUUCCAUUUUCCCCCUUGUAACUAUCCAGCUGACAGUGGACCUUUGACACAGUAACUACUAUCCUGUUUUUUUUUCUUUUUUUUGUGUUGUGUUUUGAAUU